AUGGAACAGGGGAAGCGUCUGGCUGGCCUCCUCCUGGCUAUUUCUCUUCUUCAAGGUACAAUUGCCCAGUUGAAACAAGAAGAAGCUCUGGUAACAGUGGAUGACAGCCAAGAAGAUGGUUCCGUAUUUCUGACUUGUAACUUGGCAGAAGAAAAUAUCAAAUGGUUUAAAGAUGGGAAGGAAAUAACUACAAAGGAAAAGACAUGGAAUGUGGGAAAUAGUUGGAAGGACCCUAAAGGGACAUAUUGGUGCGAAGGAUCAAAGAACAGUUCCAAACGUCUCCAAGUGUAUUAUAGAAUGUGUCAGAACUGCAUUAGGCUGAGCGCGUCCACUGUGUCGGGCUUCGUCUUCGCCGAAAUCCUCAGCGUUUUCUUCCUUGCUGUUGGGGUGUACUUCAUUGCUGGGCAGGACAGCGUUCGCCAGUCGAGAGCUUCAGACAAGCAGACCCUGCUGUCCAAUGACCAGCUGUACCAGCCCCUCAAGGAUCGGGACGAUGACCAGUACAGCCACCUUCAAGGGAACCAACUGAGGAAAAAAUGA